AUGAGCUUCUGGGAGCGUAACAAGCAUAUCAUCUAUAAAUACGGUCACAUCUAUGCAACCCUCUACGGCCUGAUGGUAAUCAAUUACAUACCACAAAGUCCAACCUACACACUCCCGCAUCGAAUUGCCGUUAUUUAUGGUCACGUGCUCAGUGUGUUUCUUAUUGUUGUACUACCCGUCUACUUUGCGCACAACAUCUCCGCGCUCACCGAAACGCGCGAUCAACGCGGACAACUGCUGCUGCUUGUCAACUUCGCCAAUACGCUGCUCAAGUAUAUAACUGUUGUUGUGACAUAUGUCGCGAAUUUCGCACACUACACAGCCAUACGUGCAGUCACCAGAAAACGACAACAGCUCGAAGAUGACUUCAAUAGCAGCCUUCAGAUGCUGCCUGUAUACGACGAAGGACCGCGCCGUCAAUUCGAAGCGAUGUUACUCUUCAAGUUCGGCCUCAUUAACGCCAUGAUGGCAGUGCAAGUGGCAAAUAUACUCUACCAGCACUUCACCGGCGCCCAUCCGGUGCUUGUAUAUAUCGCUGUGUACACAUUUGUGCUUUGGAACUAUACCGAGAAUAUGGCUGACUAUUUUUACUUCAUCAACAGCAGCGCUUUAAAAUUCUACCAACAACUUAACCAACAGCUUCGUCAGGUGGUGCGCGAAACUAAGCUGUUGCAUUACUUUCGGCUGUGCGGCCAACGGCGUGGCACUGUACCGCAUCUGUGCGGUUUACUGUGCGAGCGGCUGGAUACGUUGGCUCAGCGCUACCAACAAAUAAAUCUACUUUACCAAGACAGCCUGACAAUGCAUCAAUUCCAGAUACUCGGUCUUGUCUUCAUUACGCUCAUCAGCAAUCUCACUAACUCGUUCAUCCUCUUCAAUCUGUUUGUGAAGCAUUCACAGGCGCGCGCCUCGCCAGCUAUCGUACUUAACGCGCUGCAUGCCAUCAUCUUCUACGUGGACACUUACAUUGUGGCGUUGGUAAGUGAGAACAUCAGUCUGGAACUGCGAAACAUUAAUCAAACGUUGCGUCAGUUUAACCAGGUGGGCGAUCUGGAUGUACGCCUCCAGCAGACGAUCGAAUGCUUCACACUUUUCCUGAUGAAUAAUCGAGUGGAGGUUCGCAUUUGCGGUCUCUUUGUGCUGGACAGGCGGUUGACGUAUUUGACGGCAGCCACUGGAUUCUCAUAUUUCAUAACACUGGUGCAAUUCGAUUUGAAUUUGACAGGAACAAAGUAG